CACAUGAAUGAAAUUCUCGUUCAACAUGCUACAGAACACAAAACUUGUGAUCCCUCCAUCGUGGCUGGAUUUGUAUUACUGUGUUCGUUUUUAUUUACGAAUCUGUUGGUACGUAGUACAGUGAGUAUUGCUGAGGAGAGCAUCAUAACUGCUCAUUGGAGGAGUGCUGUUCUUCGCAAUUCAUCUUCUGUUAGGGAUUAUUCCAGAGUGCAUCAGCUGAUUAAGCAGACUGACUGUUAAACGCAAACUGGUGAAGUUUAUUUCAAGGCUUAAUCCUGCAACAUAGGGAAGAUGGAGCAGCUAUCAGAUGAGGAAAUUGACCAUGCCGCUGAAGAGGACAGUGACAAAGAGGACCAGGAUUUGGACAAAAUGUUUGGGGCAUGGCUUGGAGAAUUGGAUAAACUCACUCAGAGUCUAGGCAAUGAAAAGCCUCCAGAGACUGUAAAGAGGUCCCCACUGCACCAAGAGACUAACCUUGCUAAUUUUUCAUACCGCUUCUCAAUGUACAACAUCAAUGAAGCUCUUAGUCAAGGAGAGACUGUGGACCUUGAUGCUCUUAUGGCUGAUCUAUGCUCCAUUGAACAAGAGCUAAGCAGCAUUGGGUCAAAAAAGCUAAGCAACAAUACUGCCUCAUUGAAACGGCAAACAGACAUGAGAUCUUCCCAGAAACCGCCGACUGUUAAAGUGUCAUCUAAGCAUGGCAGUAGGAAGGGGUCACCGUCAUCUUCAAUCAGGAGUCGUAAUCCUUCCCAAACUAACUUUUCUCUUGAUGAUAUCACUGCACAGUUGGAACAGGCUUCACUAAGCAUGGAUGAAGCUGCCCGUCAGAGUGUGUUGGAGGACUAUCGACCUGUACGCACCAUUCACCAUAGGAGGACAGGAUCUGCUGGCACCAUAAGUGAUACAGAUGUCCACUCCAUUAGCAAUUCUUCUCGGUCAAGCAUUACUUCUGGAGCUUCUAGUAUGGAUUCUUUAGACAUUGACAAGAUCACACGGCCACAGGAACUUGAUUUGCCUCCAGGUCAACCUACAUCUGAGCAUGCCUCUGAAGGACGUUCGAGUGCACAUGCCAAGCGCCGCCUCAACUUCACAGAAGAGGAAGCAGCGGUCACUGCUCACUCCUAUCUGGACAGGGAAACCUCCUACAUUCUGCGAAACAUUGCAGGAAAACCUUCUCAUCUGCUGACCAAGGAAGAGCAGGCUGCCAAGGUGAAAGCAGAGAAGAUUAAAGUAGCCCUGGAGAAGAUUAAAGAGGCACAAGUAAAAAAGCUGGUGAUUAGAGUACACAUGUCUGAUGAUAGUUCCAAAACAAUGAUGGUGGAUGAGAGGCAAACUGUUCGGCAAGUGUUAGACAAUCUCACAGACAAGUCCCACUGCAGCUAUAGUUUAGAUUGGUCCUUGGUAGAAACCAUUCCAGAAUUACAAAUGGAAAGAAUCUUUGAAGACCAUGAAAACUUGGUAGAAAACCUCGUUAACUGGACAAGAGAUAGUCAAAACAAAUUAAUUUUUAUAGAACGAAUAGAGAAAUAUGCACUUUUCAAAAAUCCACAGAAUUACCUCCUGGGGAAAAAGGAAAUUUCUGAAAUGGCAGAUAGAAACAAGGAAGCUCUUCUGGAGGAAUGCUUUUGUGGAUCUUCAGUUACAGUUCCAGAGAUUGAAGGGGUCCUCUGGUUAAAGGAGGAUGGGAAGAAGUCUUGGAAAAAGCGCUACUUUCUUCUUCGUGCCUCAGGAAUUUAUUAUGUACCCAAGGGCAAAGCUAAAGUUUCUCGUGAUUUGGUGUGCUUCUUACAGUUAGAUCAUGUCAAUGUCUAUUACGGGCAAGACUACCGUAGCAAGUACAAGGCUCCAACUGAUUACUGUUUUGCACUUAAGCAUCCACAAAUCCAGAAGAAGUCUCAGUACAUCAAGUACCUUUGCUGUGAUGAUGUAAGAAGUCUUCAUCAGUGGGUAAAUGGCAUCCGAAUAGCUAAGUAUGGAAAGCGGCUCUACUUGAACUAUCAGGAUGCAGUGAAAAGAACAGAAGCAGCUUAUGACUGGUCUUCAUUGUCCAGCUCAAGCAUGAAGUCUGGGUCAAGCUCUUCAAGUCUGCCAGAAUCACACUCAAACCAUUCAAACCAGUCUGACAGUGGUAUGUCAGACAUGCAGCAGCAGUCAGGCCAUGCUCGCACCCAGAGCAUUGUUAGCUCCAUUUUCUCUGAGGCCUGGAAAAGAGGAACUCAGUUAGAGGAGUCGAGCAGCAAGGCAAGAGCAGAGACGGUCAGCAGGCCCUUCACUUCUCCAUUGCCACCUUCUUCCCCUCAUAUCAAAGUGAGUAUGCCUCCAGUAAUUCCACAGCCCUCAGCUUCACUGUCUCCUCCACCACCACCCCCACCUCCACCUCCUCCCCUUCCCCCACCACCACCAGUCCCAUGUGGUCCUUCAGCACCAAUUCUUUUUGCCAAAUACAGUACCAUAACUAGACUGCAAAAUGCUGCAGGCCAGGGGAGUUCCCACUUUAAACAGCCCAAUAUCACCCUACAGCCUUCAUUGCCUCCCCCACCUGGGAAGCUUCAAACUGUAGCAGUUCUACCACGUAAUGGAGGACCAGUGCCACCGCCACUGCCAUCACCUCCGCCGCCUCCCCCACUUCCUCCUCCACCACCUGGAUCUGCCAUGGCAGUACUGAGACCUGGAACACCAUUUUUAGCAUUGUCCCAGUAUACACCAACUCCACUGAAGGUGCAGCAUAAUCACGUCAGUGAAGGUACACACCAUAUAUCACCAACAUCAUUUGCACCAGCUUCACAGACAGUUUCAAAAGCAUUUGGGAUCAUUGGGAUCAUUCCGCCACAGACCGCUCCUAAACCUCCAGCCCCUAAUAUUGCACAGAUCUCUCCAAGUCCAACACCAGUCCCUGCUCCACCUCCACCACCAGCACCACCACUUAAAAAGCAGCCCAGUUUCACAUCUACUCAAGUUCCUCCUCCUCCACCACCACCACCACCUCCUCCACCACCACCACCUCCACCUCCUCCUCCACUUCAGCCAGGGCCAGCUCUUCCACCUCCACCAGGGCCAAUACCUCCUCUUGCACAUCCACCAGGGCCAGCUCCUGCAUCUCCACCAGGGCCAGCACCUGCUCAUCUGCAUCCACCAGGGCCAACACCUGCAUCUCCACCUCAGCCAGGGCCAACACCUCCGCCUACCAUGCCAAAGCAAGUAAGCUUUUCUUCCAAACUAACUCCUGUACCACAGUCCCCAAUGCCAUCUUUAGUUAAACAAAUGGUUAGUCAGUUCCCUCCUCCACCAUCCCCUCCUCCUCCUCCUCCUCCUGAACCUCAGGUGCCAAAAAUAGCACCAGGUGCUUCAGCUCCUCAUUCUCCUCCAGCUGUGAAGGCAAAGCCUAAGUGGCAGCCUAGCUCUGUCCAGUCUCCUGAAUUCCCUCCCCCUCCCCCUGAGAGUAGUCUUGGUUUCCAUCCAGCUCCAACUCCUGCGUCUCCACCAGUUUCACCAGGCUCUUCUGUCCCAUUGGCCCCUGAUGCAUCUCCAGUGGUAACUCCUACUCAAGUCAAGAUGGGAUCACCAGUCAAAAAAGCCAAGACUUCCAGUCCUGGUGGAAAGAAACCACCUCCAACACCCCAGAGAAAUUCUAGCAUAAAGUCCUCAACCUCAGCUGAAUAUCAAGAAUCCAAAAGAUCUACAAUGGACAGUAUAGUGAGCAAAUUUGAACAGUCUUCGGAUCUAUCGGGGUCUAUAUCCAAGGAGCCAUCUUCUCCUGUUCCUCCUCCACCCCCUCCAGCUCCUCCAAAGCCGGGUAAGUUGAGUAUACCUGGGGCGAACCUGCCAGCUGCAUUGUCACAGGGAGGUUCUUCAGUCAAAGUACCUAUCGCACUCUUUGCUGGGAAGGACCUUUCUUCAGAAUUCCCUUCUCCACCAUCUGAUUCAGACUUUCCACCACCUCCUCCUGAUUUGGAUCUUUUGCCUCCUCCACCAGUAGAACCAGCAACUGUAUUUUCUGGUAGCACAUCUCCCAAAGUUGCCGUGGUUAAUCCUCAACCUCAGGCAUGGUCUAAAUCUUCCAUAAAGAAGGCUGCACCUCCAACGCUUCCAAGACGAAAUGACAGCACACGGCUUACACAGUCAGAGGUUGAAGAAACACAGGCACUUUAUAGCCCUCAGGCCCCAACUUCACCAAAAUCAAAUUUAAAUAUGCAGCCUAGCUUUUUGGCAGACCUGAACAGAACUCUUCAGCGAAAAUCAAUCACAAGACAUGGCUCACUCACGUCCACUCGAAUGUCUAGAAUGGAGCCAGUGGCUACAAUGGAUGACAUGGCACUUCCCCCACCCCCACCAGAGUUGCUUAUUGACCAACAGAAGCAAAGCUCCUAUACAUCUGGCCAUGUCUCUGGCUAUGCAACAUUACGGCGGGGGCCACCACCUGCUCCUCCUAAACGGGACCAGAGUACCAAGCUCUCAAAAGACUGGUAGUCAUCUUUAUAUUAUCUUGACAUUAAUGAAUUUAGUGCUGUCAGAUAUCAUGCACUCUAUGAAACUCCUUGUGUUUUGAAUCAGACCUUAGAAAAGUCAUUAAUAUUGGCCUCUAUAUCUUGGAUAUACUCAUGAUUCAUGAAGAUGAAGCACUAGUUUUGUUUUUCUUUUUUUUUGUUAUAUUCUCAGUUUGAACAGUUAUGCUGACAAUUUAUUCAUUCAUUGAGGAAAAAUGGAACAGUAUCUUCCAAGGGAUUUCCAAACAAUUGAAAAUGCUAAUUAACCACCUGACAGUUGUGGUGUCCAUCGAAUCACUAUCAAUGAAAUGGCAAAAGAUAUUUUAUUGUGUGAGGGGACAAUCAGAAUUUCAGAGUUUUCAUAGUUUAAGAGGUGUAGCAGUAAGAUGCAGAAAUGCAGGGACCAAAUUCAGAAGUUGUGAUAAUGAAGUCCAUGUGCCAUAAUUGUCAGGACUCUGUCCCUGACUUCAUUUUUGUUUAGUAGGUAAACUUUCACAGACUGCAAAUUUCUUGUAUCCCAUUAUGCAGUGCUCAGUGCUAAAUGCCAAGUUAUUUUUCAUUGCAGAAACUCAACAGCAUUGAAGAUAUGGUCACAGACUGCUGUACUUUUCUACUUUUGUGGUUUUCAGAAAUUAGGAAACUAGUUCUAAAGCAUGUGAGUGUCUAUUUCCUGUGUUUGUCUUUACAGUACUGUCCUUUGUUAGGGUUUCUUUCCAUUUUCAUGCAGGUUCUCCUCUUAUUCUCAUUUGAGUCUAGACUUUCACUUUCCAAAAUAUAGGCCAUUGCAUUGAAGUGCAACACAGAAUGUCUUUACUGUUUAGGAGUAAAGCGUAACAAUGCGUGUUACUCCAUUUGUUGUAGUCAACAUCAUCUGUAGGAUACAUCACGAGAAGAUCUACAAUCUAUCUGUUUCAGAAUCAGGCUGUGUUUCAGUGAUACCUGCCAAUUGUGGGCACAAGCACACAAAUGAGAAAGACUUUGUCCACAAAUCUAAGUCAAGAAGGUUGAGGAAGUAGGGUUUUACACUUUCCACUUCAUUAUGUUUAGAAUCCAAGUCAUCACCCCAUUAAAAAGACUGGAUGCCAUGCCUAGAUCUACUACUGAAAUAGUAGACGGAAUUUUAUGUGCAUCGUAUUUGAGAUUUUAAAUAAGGAGCCUUUUAAGCAAAUGAGCAACACCAGCGUUAAAACAAUUAUGAUAAUUGUUGAAUCAACAUUUCCACAGUGGCGACAGAACCACUUUCUUCCCAGUCACCUUACAGAUCUACAUAUCUACCUCAGAUAGACUAACCUGGCAGAAUCUGUUAGGAGGACUGAAAGUAAGACAUUUUCUAAAUUUUAUGUUCCUGCCCACAUGGAUCUGGUGUUUUGAGAUCUUUUUUUAAUUUCCCCUGCAUUUACAUGGUCAUUUUGCUAUAGCUGGUAUCAGUGCCACUGCCACUAACAUCUGUACAGUAUAUCUUCUACAGAUGUCUGCCUUCAUUAUUUGCAGAUCAUCACCAGUUUCUCCCAGUUCAGAUACACAGGCUUUGGGCCCAACAGUAUUGAUGUACCACUGUCGGUCUCAACAAUGUUAGACCAGCUGACAUCUGUGUACCUGGUAUCUGUCCUAGUACUGCAAGUUCAUGUUUUUGCAGCUUAAUUCAGUCCAUUCUGUAUCCAUAUACCCAGUGCUAAUUAUGGUAACACUGGUGAUUCUGGCAUUACUUUCAGAGUGAGGAUUCUCCAAAUGUCUAGGAACAGUUCACAUGGAUACUCUAAACCAAAUGACCAUAAUGUCUUUUUAAGCUUUGCCCUCUUGGUGUUGUCCUGUGGUUCAGCAGUGUUAUUUCUGCUGAUGUUUGUGUUUCACUUUUGCAGUCCUGACUUAUGGGAUUUCCUGCUGUGGAAACCCUUGUCUGGCCCGACUACCAGAGUAAAAAUCUCCCUCCUCAUAAGACUGGCAGAUAUCCUGUCUGAUGUCAGUACGUUUGGGUAUAAAGAGAAUCAGCCAAUGCCAUGACAUCAGUCUUUUCUUGCUGUCAAAGCACAAAGCAGUGUUUCAGUGCAUGGGUCGGUCCGCACCAGAGAGAAGUCUUCUAAAAGCUAAGUACCCCCUUGGCUUUCAGUUCUUUGGUCGGGUCCAGACGUCGCUCAGCAGACAUCAGCUUCUGAUGAAUGAUCUUUUACCAGUAAUAUUCCUUUGAGGUGUCAGUUCUUGCUUACAAGGAGACUGGCAUCAAGAUUGAGGAUGUACGUAGGCCCAAGGCCAGAGCUACCUCUAAGAAGGGUUCUACCUCUGGUCCUAAGCCUAGGUUUACUGGCUCCCAUGCAUGAAGAUAUCAGCAAGACCUGGUGAGGUUAGCUGAGGACCUUAUCUCCUUAGUCAGAGCUAGACAACCCUCUUUGUGGUCUUCCUCGGGGAAAAGGAAGAGGGAUCUUACACCUGAAGUUUUCUCUGAACCUCCUGAUUCAGAUGAGGAUUCUGACCAGGAGGAGUCUGCCUUUGAGGAGGGACCCUGCCUUGCCUCUCUUGAAGAUUCAGAUUUUGAAGAGAAUCUGGCUUCACUUCGCCUCCUGAAGACAUCAGUUUUGGGGAGAAACACUCCAUACUGUGAGGGAACAUUUCCAGUGGGAGGCGCAGGAAUACCCACAAUCUGAAAAGAGGGUUAGAGAGUUCUUGACCCCCAGAACACAAACCUUGGAACACAAACCUUGGCUAGUCCUCCUGUGUUGGAGAUGGUAGAGGAUGUUUUUAUGGAUUCUUCCCUGAAUCCAGAUUCUCUGGCCCUUGAACACCGCACAGGUUUUACAGGGUGCUGGACUCGCAUAAAUACCUCUUCAAAAAUCCCUCUGCUGAUCCAGAGGUUGCCACUCCAGGACCCAACGGAGCAAGAGCCAGCACUUCAAAAAGCCCUUUACCUGCUGAUAAAGUAAGCAGGGCCCUUUAUAGGUUUGGUAAAAAACUUUACACUUCUGCUACCCUAGCCAUGAGGUCCCUUAACUGCCAGCUUCAUAUGAUCAAAUACCAACGCACUAUUUCAGAUCAAUAAAGCAAAAUAUAUCCUCCAUGGAGGACGAGAACAUCUCCAAGGAAUUGUUAGAUCUUUGCCAUUAAUUACACUAGAGCUAUGAUGCAAUUGAGGCCUCUAGCCAAGCUGCAAUAUCUGGUUCUGUCAUUAGAAGGCAUGCUUGGCUUGGGGAACAGUCCCUACCAGACCAUGUCAGGUCCAACCUUCUGGAUGCACCCCUGGAUAAGGACUUACUGUUUGGGCCAAAAGCUGAGGCUUUACUCAAAAAGAUGGAAGAUAAAGCAAAAUCUAUGCAGACUCUCAAGGACUUCCUGCAAGUUCAGCCUUUUAGGUUUAGUAGGAACUUUCCACUAAACACUGGUGCUUUCCAUCUCAGUCAGAAAACAGGCAAAGGAAACCCUGGAGGGAAAGGCCUCAAAGGGUAACAUCAAUCACAAAGGCCCAAGCAGUUCUUCUCAGAAACACUGACACAGGGGAGUUGUAGGCGAUAGGGCCCUGUCAGAGAGCAGCAGUGACUCUUCCUUUCCCCUGCCUGCACCCCACCCUCUCCAGAAAAGAUAGGAGGAAAGCUUUCCCUGUUCAAAGAAAAUUGGUCCAUUAUUACUUCAGACAAGUGGGUUCUGAAUGUUAUCAAAAAUGGUUAUAGACUCACUUUCAAAGAGCUGUUAAGAUACUCCGGUUACCUGGAUAUUCCACAGAAUCAAAGAGCAGAGGCUGUUUCUCAAAUUUACAACCUGUGCUCACAGGGCUCAGUGGAACCAGUACCAGAACACCAAAUAGGGAAGGGGUUUUAUUCUAGGCUAGUCAUGGUUCCUAGAAAGUAAGGCUAUUGGUGCCCUAUUCUAGACCUGUCCACCCUGAGUUCAGUCCCUGCUGAUAACAAAAUUCAAAAUAUUGACUCUUCCAAAAACAACUUCCCAUGAUAGCCUCUCAGGCCUUAAUGGUCACCCUGGACCUAAAGAAUGCGUACUUGCACAUUCCUAUAGAGGAAUCUUGCAGACGUUUUCUGUGUUUCGGAGAAGGUACUAGUCAUUUUCAAUUUUCUGCACUGCCCUUUGGUUUGUCUGCUGCUCCCAGGGGCUUCACAAAGUGUUUAGCCCCAGUGAUUGCCUUCUGCAGAAUGAGGGAUGCAAAGUUUAUCCCUGUCUUGAUGACUGCCUUAUUCAAACCAUGAGUUUGUCAAAGCUCUUCAAGGAUAUGGCCUUCACUGAGUACCUCCUCACCUGCUUGGGGUUCACCAUAAAUCUUCACAAGUCCAACACAAACCCAUCUACCAGGAUAGUUUUCCUGGGGGCACUUCUAGAUUCAUCUCUUCAGAAGGUCUUCCUCCCUCCAGAAAGAUCUCCUUCCUGACUCAAUACUUCAUAAACAUUAUGCAGAGACAAUGCCUCACAGCCAGGGAAUUCCUCAGAGAGUUAGGCUACAUGGCGUCUUGUAUCCUCAUGAUCCCUCUGGCCAGGCUACACUUGAGGGAAGCUCCAGUAGUACCUCAAGAAUCUGUGGUGCCACUAGAGACCGAAAUUCAGCUGAUCUCUUGCAUCAAGGAGGAAUUUGCAUGGUGGACAUGGGCAUGUGCCCAGAACCUGAGUCAACUCUUCAGGGCCAAACUUUAACCAGAUGCUUCAGAGACAGCCUGGCAGGCUCAUUUCCAACACCUACAAUCCCAAUACAGAUGGGAAAUUCAGUUCAGAAACAAGCACAUAAAUUGGAAAGAGCUAAUGGCAGUUCAGAAAAGCUUAGUAGCUUUCAAGAAAAAUGGAAACCAGAGCCCUGCUUGUCAAAACAGUACCACAGUCAUGUGGCACAUAAACAAAGAGGCACUCACUCUUACCCUCUUUGUCGACUAGCUAUGCAGGUCUGGGAGACAGCUCAGUCUGUGGGGUUGCACCUCAUGGCACAAUACUUUCCAGGUGCUCAAAACCCUCUAGCAGAUCACCUCAGCAGAAACUUUAUGUAUCGCCACGAGUGGUAUCUGCAUUGGGAAACAUUUCUUAGCAUAGUCCAGAACUGGGGAUCUCCACAGAUAGAACUCUUUGCCACCAAAGAAAAUGCUCAACUAAAAAGUUUCUCUUCAAGGAGCAAACUACCCAGAGCCUGGAAGACGGAUGCUUUCUCCUUCCUUUGGAGCUACCUUUUCCUUUAUCUUGGAUAUACUUAUGAUUCUCCCCCCAGCUUUUCUUUUCUGGGUCCUCCUAAAAACCAGGAAAGAAGCCCCAAGGGUCAUUCUGAUAGCCCCAGAGUGGCCCAGGCAUCACUGGUAUCCUCUGCUACUAAGUCUAACCAAUGAAAAUAUGUGGCAGUUACCUCAGAGAGUAGACUUCCUGACUCAGGACAAGAGGAAGUUUGUGCAUCCCAAUCUGCAGAGACUCAGACUGUCAUUCUGGAUAAUCCCCCAACAUCCUCCUCAGAGCAUACCCUAAGCAAACAAGUUCAGUACAUUCUCAAGGAGGCUAGAAGGACGUAGUACUAGGAAAUCAUACUCACUCAAGUGGAAAAGAUUCUCCAUUUGGUACAAGCAGCAAGGCCUCAAUCCUAAUUCAGCCAAUAUGUCUGCCAUUUUUGAUUACCUGGCUACCCUAGUUGACAGAGGCCUGCCCUUUUCUUCCAUCAGAAUUAACACCUCUGCUAUUUCAGCCCACAUCCCUAUUCUUCCUCUUAUCUUUUCCCACCCCCUGCUGAAACAGUUCCUUAGGGAAGUGAUUCACAUUGAGACCUCCCAAGAGACAACCCACACUUCCAUGGGACCUCAGUUUUGUUCUGGAAAAAAUAACACUACCCCGCUUUGAACCGGAAGCUUCUGUUGAAUUAAAAUUCUUAACUUGGAAGACUGCCCUUUUACUGGCUAUCAUCUCAGCUAGGAGGGUGUCUCAGCUCCAUUGGCAGUGGAACCAUUUCUCAUAUUCCACCCAGACAGAGCAUCACUCAGGACUAAUUCAUCCUUUUUGCCCAAGUUGGUCAUGGACACAUCUUUGAAUCAAGCUAUACACUUGCCCACCUUCUUCCCCAAUCCUGAGAACCAGGGGGAGAGAAUCAUUCACUCCUUGGAUGUGCAUAGACAGCUCCACUAUUGUCUUGACAGAACCAAGUCUUUCAGAAAACCAGACCCAACUCUUUGUGUCCUUUGCCUUUGGCUGCAAAGGGAAACCAAUUUCCAAACAAACCAUCUCCUUGUGGAUCUCUCAUUGUAUUUCCUUUUGUUACAACUGUCAUGGUAAAAAGCCACUAGAGGCUGUCUGGGCUCACUCUACUAGGGCUAUGGCUACCUCUGUUGCCUUCCUGAAAGGGGUCCCUACCAAAGACAUUUUGGAAACUGCUAACCUGGUCAUCCCUGCAUAUGUUUAACAAACGCUACCACUUAUCAGCCUUCUCCAAGUCUAGAUCAGGAUUUGCCACUGCCAUCCUGCAGGGCAUCCUCUCUUCCCCAUAAUCUUCCUUCCACCCUCGUCUCAGCUUUGGCAAUCAUCUCACAAGUCAAAACUGCACCAGUGAAACACAAAGAGUAUAGUACAGUUGUGUACGCUUGUCAUAAAUGUAGAUGUUCAAGUGUAUUCACUGUAGCAGUCUUUUUUUCCCUCUUUUUCUACAGUAUCUUCUUCACUAACCAGAGAACCCCAUGGGUGUUAUCCCUGCAGUGACCCUUUUCUGCCUUGGACCCUUGCUUGUGGUUCACCCUGGGGGGCUCCUACUGAUGUCAUGGUGUCAGCUGGUUCCCUUUGUACCCAAACGUACUAAUGUCGGCAAGGACUUCUACCAGGCUUAGUAGGAGAGAGACUUUUAUUCUGGUAGUCAGGCCGGCCAAGGGCUUCUACAGCAGGAAAUCCCACAAGUCAGGAUUGCAACAGUGAAUACACUCAAACUUCUACAUUUAUAGUAAUUGUACACAACUGUACUUUCUUCCUGCUUCCCUUUUCUGGUUUCAUGUACCUAUAGUACUGGGUGUCCAGUCUGGUAUACCAAAUAACAGGAAACAUUCUGCUGAGUUCAAACCUAGCAUGUUAAUAAUUUAAGGUGUCUCUGUUGUGUCUGUAAAGGUUAGUACAGAUUGAACUCAAAAGUGAGCCCUUGUGGAAGUUCUGGAGGAUGGAUGAGAAAUUCGCCACCACAACCACCAGAUAACAGUAAAUAAAGCAAGAGUUUGCAACUUAUGCAGUAAAGGGGCAGUAGUCCAUAAUACCCCUUUUCCACAUCUGAACAUCACCUAAAGGAAUUUUGAGCUUCUAGACUGAGCAUUGCAUCUGAGGGAUUCCACAUUGGGUCAGUUUUCUUUAAGAUGCAGUUCCAUUUCACCUUGGAAAAAUAGACAACAUAAGCCCAGUUUUGACAAAAGCAGAAUAGAUUUUUAAAACAUCUGUGGAAUGUGCAGUUUAGGCAGAAAGUGUUCAAGCUUUUAUCAUGGUCUUUAUUGCAGUAUUGAAGAUAAAUUCAGUGUCUUCAAGUCCAGUCGUCUAUCUGCCAGAGGAGGAGUCCAGACAGAUUAUCUGCUUUGAAAAGCAUGUUUGUGUUCUGCCAGGCAAUAAUUCUAGGGUGAUAAUCCACUUUGGGAAGUGGGUAUUAAUGCUCUGCAUUUAGGCAAUGAUAGUGUUUAUUACCUCACCCAACUGUUGCACUUCAAGCAAGGUGUGUGGUGUAGUGCAGUGUGCAGCAGAUUUGGCUGCCUGAUGUUCUCCUCUAAUGGUUAAGGCACAGGAUUCCAUUUACAACUUUUGAUCUUGCCUGCACCACAGGAUCCAGAAUUUUCCUGUCUCAGUACUCAAGAUUCACCAAACAUCCUUCACUGAGGACAACAAGGAUGACCUUUUUAGAAGCUCUUUUUAAAAACUUUCUUAUGUUUAGACCUGAGAGUGAUGACCAUUUGAAGGUAAAUCCAGGCAAAGAGCAGACUGUUACAACAUUAGAAUGGUUCCAUCCUUCAUGGUGAUCCUAACCAAGGAUACAGAGGAAUCAGCAAUGGCCAUGGUUCAGGUGCUACUCACAGCCACAAUAGCAGGAGACAGUUGGGACUUGUAGUUACUUCCCACUACAUCCACAUCAAGGUCAUUGCCCUAGAAAAUAAUGAAGAUAUUUAAAUGGGUCAUGUGGCCAGAGAGAGGGCACUUCUUGGUGCUCCUGACUUCUCACCAGACUGCCUUUUUCAGCUUGGGUGUGAUUUUCCCACCUUGUGACAUGACUGCAGGAUGAUUUCUCCCCUACAGACUCUUGCCAUAUAUCUCAUCCCCUUCAAUAAUAAUAUAGAAGAAAGUAAAUACAGGGGUUCCUUAACAAGAGAACUAUUCAAGAGUUACCUUGUUAAAUCAGCAAGGACUUGGAUACUUUCUCAGAUAAUUUUUGGUACAAAAAAAAAACAAGGGCCAUGGCACCCAUCUUGAAUCUCAGAGUACUAGCCUUAUUAAUUCUAAACUGUCCUUCCAAAUGAUAACCAUUUAGUCAGUCCUUCCAUGUGUGUAAGGCAGUAACAAAGUGACUGGAUGUGGUCUUCUGAUCUAAAGGAUGCUUGCUUCUGCACCAAAAUAACCUGGCAAUUUAUUUGCUUUUGUGUUGGAGCCAAUCAGUCUCAAUUUUAGGCAGUGUUUUCAUUUGGAAUCAUAAUAGUUCCCACAGUGUUCACAAACUGUAUGUCAGUCAUUGCGACCCAUGUCUGGCUUCAAGUGACCAACGUAGUCUCAUACCUUGCCAAUCAGUUUCUUUCUGCCCCUUACAGAGACUGCUAAUUUGUCUUGGGGAUUUUCUUCAUAAAUGUUUUUUUCAUUUUUUAUAGGCCAUCACAAACCAAGAAGGUCACAAAGUACCCCCUUGCAAGUGUUGACUUGCAGAGGUUGUUUCUCUAGAUAGAAGAACUCUCUCUCCCUCCUGGAAGGAUUCAGUAUAGCUUUCAAGUCUGUCUUUUGUUCUUUGACAGCCCUAAUAUCCCCAGCUUCCAUGCUCCAAUGUCUGCUGGGUAUCUGUUUCAUUUAUGUGUUUCCUCAUGCUGGCCCUGCAGUGAGCAUUCAGAGUGCAGUGGUCCCAGCUCACCAGCUUACUCACUGCUCACAUAUGACUGGCAAAGGUUUGUAACAUUUCACAUGUGUUGGUGGACUUCUCCAUCCAGUGUUCUGACAAGUUGCCCAUAUUCCCUGGAUUGUCCCUUGGCUACUGUUGUUGUAAAUAUCUCUGAAUUAGAAUGGAAUUGAAGAGACAGUACUAAGGGAAGUUGUCCAAGACCUGUAGAUUAUGCAAGACAUUUACAUAGAUUUCAUUGUCCUUGAGAUGCCUUCUACUUAAAAAGCUAUUCAGUGACAGAUGGAGAUGGUUCCUAUGUGAUAUAUUAUGCCAGCAGGACCCUGACACAGACAAAGUUUUCAGAUGUCUUACUAUACUUAACUGAGUUCCUCGAUACAGCUCUGAGUCAUUCUGAUAUUAAGGUCUCCAUACCAGCCAUAAGCAGCUUUCACAUUGGGAAAAAAAUGUGUCUUUGUCACCACUAUAGGUUUACAAUGCUUAUCUCAGGUUUAUUUUACUGAUCAGGCCUUGACUGAAUCCCGCUGGAAAAACCUUUACUUCAUCUUGGGAAAAACAAUUCUGUCUCCAUCUGAGAUAGUUUCUUGCACAUAGUUAAUGGUUCCCUGUUAGACAGUGUUGUUCUUAGUGGCUGUCACCUUGGCUAAAAAGGUCUGUGAGCUACAGGUUCUGUCUUCAUGCUUAGCAUUUCAAAAGGCAAUUAUUUUUCUAUGUGCUGAAUCCAGCUACUCAGAUCCAUGACAGUUUCUUCUCCUUUGUGUAGAUAUGUUCAGACAGUUGAGAUAUGUGUCUGUAACUGAAGAUAUUCAUAGAGAUUAACCAGCUCUUUGUGUUUGUGAUGGGCAGAUUGGGGGAGGACCAAGUACUCUGUCUCUCACUAUUUUCUAGCUGUAUUUACUGUUAUACUUCUCACAGCAAAAAUACCACCUACCAUGCAAACAGUGCAUUCCAGUAAGGCUAGUCCAAAUCUGUCGCCCUUUUCCUUAAUGCCAUAACAGGCCACGUCUGUUGCAAGAACCUGGUCAAUAUUAAAUUAGUUUGUGAAACACUAUAGAUCCAAAGCUAAUUUUAGGUCUUGCUCUACAGUGAGACAAUGUUUUUCAAGGAUAUGUUUAAGGUAACCACCAAAUUGGAUUAGCUGGGAACUCAUCCCUAGCAACUGUAGCAGAUGGAAAUGUAUGACGCACUGUUUGUUAGAAGACGUAAUCUGUGGUAAUCAUCUUCAGGCUGAGUGUAUACUUGCUUAUAUGUCUUGGCUUGGAUCUUUAUUUGUUCCAGAACUGGAGAGUGGCACUAGGGAGCAGUGUAUAAUGAGACAGGAGGAGUUAGCAGCCAUGGGAAAGUUUUACCUGUCAAGCAUAUUGAUGCCAGGGAAGUAAUAUUGACGUUUAGAAUAAAUGGAUGUAUGUGGUAAGUGCCCAUAAUUUUUGUUUAUUUUAGGAGUCUAAUCCCAUGGAUUUGCUGUCAAAUGGAGCAGUUGGGUAUAGUGUUUUAUUCAUUUUAAAACAAUAUGGCUGCUAAGGUAAAUCGUAGAAUAAUUGCUAGUGUUUCUAUUAACUGUUCCUGAAAACCUGUGUCAUGAUAUGUCUGUACUACCUGUCAGAAUUCAUUGAUGGCAUCUUUCAAAACCUUUGAGUCGAAGAAAACUUUGGUUGUCCUUUCAGAUUAGGCUAUUUAUUAUUAUUUUUUCUCAAUGUGAUAUGAAAAGACAUUUUGAAAUAUCUUUGGAUUUGUCCUUCUGGUUCUGCAUGAUAGCGAAUCAUCUUGGGAAAGUAACUUGUGAGAAGUCAAACAUAUUUUGUAUACUUUUCCACCUUGUUUGCUAGACUUGUAUAAAUGUAUGAAUUGACUCUUGUUCUAUGUACGGUAUCAUGUCUCUUCUCCUCCUUAUCCCUUAGAUUAAAGCACUGUUUAGUGGAGAGCUUUCUUAGCUGCUGUUCCGCUCUCGACUUUUAUAAGGUGUGAAAUAAGUGAUUGACAUCCAGUUGUCAGUGGUAACAGGUUAUAGUAAACAUACAUGAUAUUGUAUUAAUAUGCAGGAUAAGCAUGGCAUCAUAUUAUCUGAUUGGAUUGUUUUUACUUGUCCCUAGAUGUCACUGUGUUUUUGCCUUUCCCCCUAAACUAAUUGGGAUAACACUUUUCUUCAUCUGCCUUCACAUCUUAUUUAGGAAGCACUCUGCAGCUGAAAAGCAACAUUAUUUUUGUUCCUAGGAUACAAAAGUGCUUUAUUGUUCAUUCACCAAAACAUUUCUUUUGCUUUAAUGACAGCAGUGGUUUUGAGUUGGAAUAAUGAUUUGCUAUUUUCCAGCAUCAAAACUGUCUCCCCUAACAAAUAGUAGCAAGUUUUAAGCUCACAACGUCUUUAUUCUAUAGUACGUGUACUUAAACAAGAGUAAGGAGAUCUGUUUGCAGAUAAUGACUCUUUUUGAGAAGAAUUCAUAAUAUUUUUUUAGUCCGUGGAAAUAAGAGAACAUCAGACUCCCAAGAUGUAUUCUCAGCACCUCAUAAGAACUGCAGGAAUUUGCAUUACUUACUAGACUUUAUAUGUUCAUCAUCUGAAGUGAUCUGCAAGAUUAAUAUUUACAGGUUGGGGGAAGGAUCAUUCUGGGUUUUCUGUCACAUGUAAUAAGCAAUGCCCAUACUGGAGGCAGGGCAAAUUUCUGUUGUUUGCAUUAUUUACUGAAACAGUUUAGCAUGCUUUCAGAAACUGCUAAAACAAACUAUUUUUUUUUUCUUGUUCAUUUGUUUUGUUAGUAUUGUAAAUGAAUUUAUAUAAAGAUUAUUUAAGCGAGUUUAAAGUUGCUUGGCCUGACGUAAGCUGUAUUUGAACACUAUACAAACCUUACUUUCAUUUUUAAGCACAUGUAUUGUUGUUUGCACCCAUUAUUUGGAAAACAAUUGGAAUGUUAACUGGAAAUUUGAAAUUAAAAAUGUAUCUUUCUUGUUAUAUUUUGACAGCCUGAGUUACAUUAACCUGCAUAUAUCCCUGUGCUUAAGAUGGUGACCUGUACUGCAGUUGCAUUUUAUUAAAUAAGUGCAUUUCUUUUUUACUUAAACGUUUUUUAAAUUCUGACUUUCUUCAUUUAUUACAGCCAAAAGCAUGACUUGCCCAUGCUCCAUUUUCUAUUUUGCCUCAGUGAAAUCUGUAUUCUCAUUCCCUUUUCCUACCCCCCCCCCCCCUUGAAAAAUACCUUCCAGUCAAAAGAUGGGUGCUUUGCUGGUUCAAGUGUGAAACUCUCGCUCUUGUCUCUGAGUCAAGUAUUGCCACUAUAUAAAUAUGUGAGAGCUGACACAUUGUAAACUAAAGAAAACAUGUAACACGGUAUCAAGAAGGGUAUGCAUAACUGAAUAAAGAUAUAGUUAAUGCUGA